AUGUCAGGUGCUACCAAUGUGGCUACCUCCGGUGGCGGAGGGGGGAAACCCCCGAAGAAGUCAGGCAAGACUCCUGCUGACAAAGUCGCGGAGGUGUCAACGUACCGGAAGACACCGGAGGCGCUCGCAGUCCUAAAGAAGGCUCUUGAGGCGUACCAGAUGAGCGAGGAUACUCCUGUUGCUGGAUCAUCCAAGUCCAGAGCCAGGCAUCGUCGUCGCCGCUUAGCGGUUGCCCGAAACCAGAAGGAGAUAUUGGAGCAGAUCGUGCAGGAAGGCCUGCCUCCUAAAUCCCGAGUCGGUGUCGCCAACCGCGUUAUGGAGCCAAAGACUCCGGCCAAGGCUAAGGCCACUUCCCUGUCCUAA